UGUCGACUCAAGUUUUAUAGCUUCAUUCAUUCAUUCCAAUGUUAUUAUUCUAUGUGACUCUAAGUAAACAAACAUAAUUAGCUAGCAAGGAACGCAAGGUGAUUUGAGCCAGUCUUGAAAAACGUGAGAAAUGAUUGUCGGCAUCGAUCUUUUUAAAUCUGCUUUAAUUGCGUGCCUGUUGUUGCAAGUGUAUUGUCUCUAUGAAGAUCAAGUGAGCAAAUUCGACUGGAAAAAGACUCUUAUUGGGUCCCCAAAGUUUGCAAGGAUUGUCGAUCAUGGAAGCAAUAAGCAAUUAUUUCUCGCAUCAAAAGAGAAUGUAUUAGCAUCUAUUGAUUUUAAUUCAGGAAACAUAAAAUGGCGACAUGUGUUAGAAAAAGAUCCACUCGGAAAUAUCAAAUUAUUACACAUGGAGAAAGUUGUAAUAACAGUAACUGGAACUUCUAGUUUUCUGAUCAGAGGAUGGCAGCCAAACACAGGUUUCUUAGAUUUCCAAUGGUCACUUCCACGCCCAGCCAUUCCCAACCUCAAAGAUGUCCUUUUUUGGGCUCAGAAUAACAGGUUGUAUCAAUUAGUAUUGCUUACAAAGGGCAACAUUGAAGUUGGCAUUUUCAACAUACUUUCUGGAACCAAAAUCAAACCGUCCUAUACAAUUCCAUUGACCUGGAUUCCUCAUGUGUCCAGCUGCAGCAUUUCGAAUGGUGUCCUCCUGUGUGCUUCAGAAUCUGGAGCCUUAAACGCAGUCACAUUUUUAGAUCAUGACUUGAAACAUUUCACUGGCUCUCUUCCACAUGGAGAGUAUACCGUAAACGCAGUCAGCAGUUCCGUCAUACCAGCAUUCAUGGCUGUUCAACCUCUCACCCGAAAGAAAUUGCUUAUCACCGUAGAUUCAGUUCAAAUUGUUGUGCAACCUACUGUAAUCCCCUAUGAAUCGGAUACCUCUAUACAUUCUUUAUCACCAGGCAAAUUUGUUGCGGCUCAAGUCACUCAGCAAGGAAAGAAUUUAGUUGUCACUGGCUCUGUCUUGGAAAGUGAUGAAAAGCUGACAGAAUUGUCAAAAACAUUUUCUUUGCCCACUUCUAUUGCAGGAGCCAGUCUCCCAGCUGCACACUGUAUAGUUGAAAGAGCUAAGACUAUUUCAUGUGAUCUUAUAGUUAGCACCGUUGAUGAUACCAUUGUGUAUAUUAACACUUCUGGUCCAAAAAUAUCAUGGUACCGUGAAGAAGGUUUAGCCAGUAUUGUUAAUGUUCAACUAAUUGAUCUUGGAGUAUCAGAGGAAGAAGCUGCAAUUGAGAAGGAAUUCAACAAUAAAGAAUUUGAUGGUGGAGUAUCAUCUAGCUUUUUAAGCAUGUUUUACCGCCGCAUCUCCAGUCAACUGCAUCAACUUCAAUCAUUUGUCUUCAUGUUCUGCGGGAUGUUGGAUCAGCCGAACAAACUAGGAGCUACAAAUCUUGUUCGAGAUAAAUUUGGCCUUCAUAAAAUUAUUGUUGCUGUCUCCAAAGUUGGGAAGCUGUUUGGUAUUGACAAUUUAACUGGAACUAUUUUAUGGACUUACCUAGUAAAGGAUGUUGUUCCUUUUUCUCUCUCUGACAAGUCUCAAACGAUUCCUCUCUACGUUCAGCGGACAACGAGGCAUUUUCCACAUCCAGCUGUAUGCACUGUUAUUUUUCAAGAUGCAAUCACUCGCAAUGGUGUCUUAUUUUCAUUUAACCCUAUCACUGGUGAACCACUGGGAGAUGGAAUCCUGAAACUAUCAUACAGAAUCCAGCAGACUUUAAUGCUACACCAAAAGGAUGAAGAGAAUCUCAAUGGAAUUUUACUUCUGAGUGACAACAAGCAAGUUCAUGCAUAUCCCAGUUCUACUCUGAAAACAGCCAUCAUGGUGGCACCAAGCACGUACUUUUUCAUUGCAAAUCCUUCAACUGGUUUAGUGACCGGAUUUGCUGUAUCCAAAAUGCCUAACAAAGGUUUAAUUGCUCAGACUAUCUGGGAGGUAAAUGUAGGCAAAGAAAUAGUUAGUGUAGAAGGUAAAAACCCACUCGAGAGGGUCCACUCACAAGGGCGUGUAUUAAGCGAUCGAAGUGUUUUAUACAAGUAUAUCAAUCCAAAUCUAAUCACUGUCACGACUCAUCACCCGGAUCCUGUUCACAAAAGUAUCGUGAAUUUGUGGUUGAUUGAUGCUGUAAGUGGCGCAGUAGCAUUUUCAACCUCUCACAAACGAGCAACACCCCCUGUUCAUGUUAUACACUCUGAAAAUUGGGUUGUAUAUAGUUUCUUUAAUGAAAAAUUUCGACGAACGGAAAUCGCAACCUUGGAGCUGUAUGAAGGAAAGAAUCAGCGAAAUACAACAGCGUUCACAGCUUCUGAAGCUGCAUUAAUUGCACCGCAGGUGGGGAAACAAGCCUACAUACUGCCAGCGUCUGUAGAAAAAAUGAGAGAAACCAUUACAGAAAAAGGAAUCACGAGUAAACAUGUAUUAGUUGCAUUGAGUUCAGGAGGUAUUCUAGAGAUCCCUUGGCCAUUUUUGGACCCUCGUCGACCACCAGUUGCGACACCUGAAAUGCGGGAAGAGGGAGUGAUACCAUACAUACCUGAAUUGCCAAUACCAUCGGAGGCUAUUAUCAACUACAACCAAACUUCGUUCAGAUUACGAGGCAUACAUACUAUCCCUAGUGGUCUUGAAUCUACAUCUCUAGUCUUAGCAUAUGGUCUUGAUAUUUUCUACACUCGCAUAUCACCAUCGAAGACUUUUGAUCUGCUGAAGGAAGAUUUUGACUAUUUCUUAAUCAUGGUUGUGCUGUCGGGACUAUCUUUAGCUGCCUAUGCAACUAAACAUUUAGCAGGAAGGAAAGCUUUGAAGCAGGCGUGGAAGUAGAUCAUCCUCACUUAUUAUGGAGGGACAGAAGUUAGUUGACAUCUCUAACCCAUGACCCCACUAUUCUUGAACAAAAAGUUUGGUCAGAACUCGAAAUGUCCAUUUUUCAUUUAAGAUGCACUUUUGAAAAUUAUUGAGUAAGCAUUUGUAUUCAUGCUGUCAUACAGGGUGGCUCAGACUUAGGGCCAUUCCUGUCAAAUCAUUUAACUAGUAGUUGACUGUCUGUUAA